GUGAUGGUGGAUCUAUGUAACAGCACCAAGGGCAUCUGCCUGACAGGACCACCUGGCCCACCAGGACCUCCGGGAGUUGGUGGGUUACCAGGACACAAUGGAUCAGAUGGACAGCCUGGUCCCCAGGGCCCAAAAGGAGAAAAAGGAGCAACUGGAAAAAGAGGAAAAAUGGGGCCACCUGGAGCCACAGGAACUCCAGGGGAAAAGGGAGACCCUGGUGAGCUGGGUUUGACUGGAAAUGAGGGCCCACCAGGGCCAAAGGGGGACAAAGGAGACAAAGGGGAUGUGUCCAAUGAUGUGCUCCCCACAGGGGAGACAUGCGCCAUACCAAAUGAUGAUACCUUGGUUGGAAAAGCUGAUGAGAAAGGUGGGGAACACCAUUCUCCGCAAGCAGAAUCCAUGAUCGCUUCCAUUGGAAAUCCAACACAAGUACUGAAAGUUAAAGAGACAUUUGGGACUUGGAUAAGAGAGUCUGCUAACAAGAGUGAUGAGCGGAUCUGGGUGACUGAACAUUUCUCAGGCAUCAGGGUGAAGGAAUUCAAAGACCAACCCUCCCUGUUGAAUGGCAGUUACACUCUCGUGCAUCUCCCAUAUUAUUUCCAUGGCUGCGGGCAUGCCGUUCACAACAACUGUCUCUACUACCACAAAGGAGGCUCCAACACCAUAGUGAGAUUUGAGUUUGGCAAAGAAACAUCCCAAACUCUGAAACUUGAAAAUGCCCUGUAUUUUGAUCGAAAAUACCUCUUUGCAAAUUCCAAGACUUACUUCAAUUUAGCUGUGGAUGAAAAGGGUCUUUGGAUUAUCUAUGCUUCAAGUGUGGAUGGCUCAAGCAUUCUUGUCGCCCAGUUGGAUGAGAGGACAUUCUCUGUGGUGCAACACAUUAAUACCACAUACCCCAAGACCAAGGCCGGUAACGCCUUCAUUGCCCAAGGGAUCCUUUAUGUCACGGACACCAAGGAUCUGAGGAUAACAUUUGCCUUUGAUUUGUUAGGAGGGAAACAGAUCAAUGCAAACUUUAAUUUAAGAACUUCCCAGUCUGUUCUUGCCAUGUUAUCCUACAAUAUGAGAGACCAGCAUUUAUAUUCAUGGGAAGAUGGUCAUUUAAUGCUUUAUCCUGUGCGGUUUUUGUCAGCUACAAUAAACCAGUGA